AUGGGUCAGUGCCUUUCUCCGUGCUGUGAGAAGCAGGGGCCCAAUAGUCCGGCGGGCAGUUCUAGUGACUCAGGCCAUCCCAAUCACUCUCACACCCUCUACAUAGCCGGCAUCCCCGUUUCCGACAGCAAGGACAACGGCUGUGGAGAGCCGAACCCUCCGGUGACCACCCCUGGCUCUGAGUGGAAAAUGUUCACACCUUACCCAAAGCUCCCACCAAUUAAAAAGCAGGGUGUGAGUGCUGAAGCCAAACGCCUGUCUCUCAUAUCUCGAGAAGUGUCGGAAGCCAAAAUUCUGGCAAUGUUUGAGCAGUACAGGGAUCCAGAGGAAGACUGCAUUUUAGCCGACGGCAUAGAAAGAUUCUGUAUGGAUCUUGAGGUUAAGCCAGAAGAAUUUAUAGUGUUAGUGCUGGCAUGGAAGUUUGGUGCUGAGACGAUGUGUGAGUUUUCACGCACUGAGUUUGUCCAGGGUUGCAAGGCUAUGAAAGUAGACUCUAUAAAAGGUAUCCAGAGUAAAUUUCCAGAACUAUUGGCUGAAGUUCAUGAAAAACAAGCCUUCAAAGAUCUGUAUCGUUGGACUUACAAAUUUGGCCUGGACACUGCAUCGGCUCAGAGAACUUUACCCACAGAUAUGGCUAUAAGCUUGUGGAAGUUGGUAUUUUCUCAGAAUGAACCACCGGUGCUGCAGCGGUGGUUGGAAUUCUUGGAAAAGCACACCAGCAUCAGAGGAAUUCCUAAAGACACGUGGGAUAUGUUUCUUAAUUUCACCGAGCAGGUAGGGGAGGAUUUGAGUAGCUAUGAUGACACAGAGGCCUGGCCUAGCCUUCUGGAUGACUUUGUAGAAUAUGAAAAUGACAGGCACAACCAGAAUGUCACCACAGACUGA